AUGUGCGAGCUUAAGAGUUCCGACGCGAAAUGGCGAGCCCGCCCAUACAACAAUGGCACACGACUGUGGGAGAUCUACUUUGAAGGUGUUGUUUACAACAGUAACAGGAACAGCAUUAUGGGAGGCUACAAACUUCAACAAGCUACAUCAGCAGCAUACAUUACAGAAUAUCAUAUCGACUCAAACUCAUGGUCAAUUAUUCCUGUGAAAGGACAAGUCCCUACCACAAGAGAGGAGAAUUGCAUGGUCAUCAAUGAGAAUAAUACAAAGAUUGUUGUCUUCGGAGGCCGAAUCCCUGCAUCUAGUGGCCCUCCAGGCUUUAAUAUCGCUUCAUCAGAAAUCUUUGUCCUCGAUCUCAAUUCAGGAGAGUGGAAGAAGGGUCCUGAUGCAGCUGAACCACGAGCCAGUGCUGCCUGUGGCCUUGCUGGUGAUCGGUUUGUAGCCUGGGGUGGUGAAAAAGAUUCGACGAGCGACCCAUAUGAUUCGAUCGUUGUGUUUGAUCUGGCCAAGUUUGAGUGGCUUAAGGCUUCCUCAGACGACCAUCCAUCUUCUACACCCUCUUCCGGCCCAUCAUCUUCAGGUAUCCCUACAACUAAGGCUUCAAAUACUAAUAUUGGAGCGAUAGUAGGUGGAGCAGUAGCAGGGUUAGUCUUGGUAGCAUUGAUCGUAGCUGUCCUCAUCUAUAGAAGGCGAAAGCAAAGGCCAAGUGAAGAGCAUGGACUCAUUGAGCAGAAGGUGAAGCAAAUAGACAACCCUAAGAGAUCAAAUGAAGACGAGCCACAGCAUAAGAAUGAACUCACAUACCGUAAUCCUCACGCCGCCUCGUCACCACGCAGCCCUCAACAGUAUCCUUGCUUGGGACGUGAUCCUCAAUGGACACCUAGCCUCACUCAUGACCAUGAUCAGGACCAUGCAAAUCGUGUUUUAGAAGCAUAA